AUGCUGUUCCAUCAAAGACGCUUCGUUGCGUAUCCUUGCGGCGCACCCGGUCUACUCACGCUCAAUGCCUCCUCUUCUUUAUUCUCUUCUUCAUGCAGGUAUACGCUCGUCACGACCGACCGAUGCGUGGCCCUGCUAAGCUACGACGCUACCGGCUACAGUCUACAAAAGCUCGAAGUCGACGCUUUGUCUACUGAAGAAGUGAACGUGAUCGCCAGUGCGGUCGUUGAGCGGCCAGACACAUGUCCUUCCCAAGUGGCGGUGGCGUAUGCGGUCGGGGAAGCACUUUACGUGCAAGUUUUAAUCCCUUACAAAGAAUCAGUGGACCAUGCGGAACCACUGGGUGGUGGAGAGUUCAAGUUGCAGACAGCACCAACGUGCAUGUACAGUAUCCAGGCCUCCGGGACAAACGGGGACGUGUUUUACGGCGUCAUUGUGUGCUGUACGGACUCAAUGCUGGCCAUUGGGUACAUCAGAAACCAGAUGAAAGCCGGCUCGAGGGUCUCGGUGGAAUCGGAUGCUGUUUGCACACUACUGGAUAAUGAUCAAUUUGCUGAAUUCUUCCCCGAGUUUGCGACGUUCACACACACGAUAAUGGCUGUGGAUAUCCUCACGUCUCCAGAGACAGAUCAAGGAUGGAUUGUUUUCGGUUGCGCUGACGGACUGGUCCGCGUGUAUCAUGGACAGAAACUCGGACGGUGCCUCUGUGGCCCCUUCAAGGUCAAAGACAUUCAGCUGAAUGGUCCUGUGACUUCUGUUGCCCUUUUCCUGAAACGAUCGGCUAUGGGAGAAACGACUAGCUCAACCUGGCACUGCAAUCUACUAGUCACGUGCGCGAUUGGCCAAGCGCUGGUCUAUGAAGAUUUGUUCGGUGCUUUCGAUCGCAUUGGAAAUGGCGAGGUUCUGAUGGACUCGGAUGCAUUCGACUCGAUCUUCGCGGGUAUUACCGCCGACAUUGACUUGGAUGGAGAAGUUGAAUUUCUGUUGGGAACAGACAGUCAAGUUAUGUUGGCAUACAAGGAAAAAGGUGACGAUGACAACAGCAGUUGCAAGGCCAUGGAGAGCUCGAUCGAGCUCAGUGUCGAUGAAACGUUACCUGUAAACGAAGAUGCGCCAUCUCUGUCGCCCAAAAGCUCACAGAAUAUAUGGGAUGAUCUGGAGAUGAUUCCGGUGGCAGAUACCUUUGUUGCUUCAUCGCCAGAGCCUGUGCUGGUACAAAGAAAGUGGCAACGGUUGUCUCGAAGUCAUUGGGACAUGGAGACGUUUGGCGCAAUCUACAGUUUGUUGUGGCGAGAUGUCAAUCACGAUGGCGUCCCCGAACUGCUUGUCGCGAGCUCGACCGGGAUUUACGUGUACGAAGCUGACCCAGAAUUUGUCAUCAAAAAGCUCGAGUGUGUCUUGUCAGCAUUGCAAGGAUCCCCUGUCAAUACAAAUAAGUAG